AUGGAUGCCAGAGCGCUAAAAGAAGGUGCACUUCUUCGGUAUAAGGGUGGAUUAUUUGGUAAAAAAUGGAAGGAGUGUUAUGUGGUUCUUUACAGUGAUUCUACGUUAUGUUGGUAUGACCGAAAAGGAGACUCAAGUCCUGCGGGAUCAGUACUUCUGAAGGAUGUCGUCCCCUACGUUUGUAUUGGUCUUCUUUGCGAUAGGAUGCCAGUACAGCGACCAAAGCUGCCGCAGGGGUUCUCUGUACAUCAUCUCGUCGGUAUUGGGCUGGAUCCCAGAGCGAGCAAAGUCUACUGGUUUUUGUUCUCCUCAGAUUCGCAUUUAGAGUCUUGGUUCACUGAAAUAGCGAAGACGUUACCGAAGCCAAAUUUACCACCAAAUAAUGUACCGCAGCAGUAUCCCACUAAUGAUCAGAACAGAUCACCUGUAUACAACCCGCCACCUGUUUAUCCGGCAGCUCCUCCACCGGUUACUGGAACUUACCCGUCAAGUAAUCCAGCCCCUCCUUAUCAGACAGGUUAUCCCGGUCAACCACCACCUGUGCCUUACAGUGUUGCGCCAGGUGGCUACUCUAAUCCUGGACCCGGUCAUACAACUGUUAUAGUACAGGAACGCGGCGGUGGUUACGGAGGCUACAGUGGCGGUAGAAGCAGCGGACCUGGCUUUGGCUCCGGUUUGGGAACAGGUCUAUUGAUGGGCAGUUUGAUGGGUUAUGGACUUGGAAGCUUUUGGGGAGGUGGUUUUCAUAGUUUCGGACAUGGCUGCGGCGGUUAUCCGGUAGGGGGCGGUGGAUUUGGAGGCGGUUACAUUCAGGAUAAUGAUACGUAUAUAACGAAUAAUUAUUACGGCGGAAACACUAAUAAUUCGAUUGAAAACAAUGAAAGUACAAGUGUUACCGACACGAACAAUACCCAUUAUCCUAGCGGCCAAGAUGAUGUUGUUGGGAACGACGACUAUACUGGUGGAUAUGAUUUUGGUGAUGGAGACAGAUAUGGAGCAGAUGUGUUAGGAGGGGACUACGGAGGUGACAAUUUUGGUGAUACAGAUUUUGGUGGUGGCGAUUAUGGCGGAGACCUUGGUGGUGGCGACAUGUUUGGAGGGGGAGAUUUUUAG